ACUGCCACAUCUUUCUCCUGCAGAGCAGCUUUUGGGUUCAAACCAUUGACCUUUUGGUUAGCAGCAGAGCCACACGGCUCCUGAACUACUACAUGUAGACCUGUUAUAAUAUGGUCUUUACUUUUAAGGAAAGGCAAAGCUACUACACAUAAUGGUAUUAUUAUUACUAAUAUUAGAUAAUAGAUAUUUGUCACUUUAAAUAUAGCCCACGACUUUUGUUAAAAACUUUUUUAUUUGCAAGAAUGGUUGGAUUGUGCUUGGGUGAAACACUCAGAAGUUCUGAAAGAACUUUUUCUUCUCUGCAGUUCAUUUUUUUAAGGUGUAGUGGUAAACUGGAUUCUCAGAAUUGGACAUAAAAGAAGGCUAGGCCAUAUAUGUGUCAGCUCCAUUCUACAAACCCAGUCAUGACAUGUUCUUCCAGCUGCUUGUGGCAGCACCAGUCUACGAGGUUGAUAAGAAAAAACAUUCAGGCUCAUGAGAGGCUAGAAGAUUCAAAACUAGAAGCUGUCAGUGACAAUAACUUGGAAUUAGUCAAUGAGAUUCUUGAAGAUAUCACUCCUCUGAUAAAUGUGGAUGAAAAUGUGGCAGAACUGGUUGGUAUACUCAAAGAGCCUCACUUCCAGUCACUCUUGGAGGCCCAUGAUAUUGUGGCAUCAAAGUGUUACGAUUCACCUCCAUCAAGCCCAGAAAUGAACAAUUCUGUCAAUAAUCAGUUAUUACCAGUAGAUGCCAUUCGUAUUCUUGGUAUUCACAAAAGAGCUGGGGAGCCGCUGGGUGUAACAUUUAGGGUUGAAAAUAAUGAUCUCGUGAUUGCCCGAAUCCUUCAUGGAGGAAUGAUAGAUCGACAAGGUCUGCUUCAUGUGGGAGAUAUCAUUAAAGAAGUCAAUGGCCACGAGGUUGGAAACAAUCCAAAGGAAUUACAAGAAUUACUGAAAAAUAUUAGUGGAAGUGUCACCCUAAAAAUUUUACCAAGCUAUAGAGAUACUAUUACUCCUCAACAGAGUUGCAUCAGUAUGGAGAGGCAUCCAGCACACGUCCGUCAGGUAUUUGUGAAAUGUCAUUUUGAUUAUAAUCCAUACAAUGAUAACCUGAUACCCUGCAAAGAAGCAGGAUUGAAGUUUUCAAAAGGAGAAAUUCUUCAGAUUGUAAACAGAGAAGAUCCAAAUUGGUGGCAGGCUAGCCAUGUAAAAGAGGGAGGAAGCGCUGGUCUCAUUCCAAGCCAGUUCCUGGAAGAGAAGAGAAAGGCAUUUGUUAGAAGAGACUGGGACAAUUCAGGACCUUUUUGUGGAACCAUAAGUAGCAAAAAAAAGAAAAAGAUGAUGUAUCUCACAACUAGAAAUGCAGAAUUUGAUCGUCAUGAAAUCCAGAUAUAUGAGGAGGUAGCUAAAAUGCCCCCCUUCCAGAGAAAGACAUUAGUAUUGAUAGGAGCCCAAGGUGUGGGCCGAAGAAGCUUGAAAAACAGGUUCAUAGUGUUGAAUCCCACUAGAUUUGGAACUACAGUACCAUUUACUUCACGGAAACCAAGGGAAGAUGAAAAAGAUGGCCAGGCAUAUAAAUUUGUGUCACGAUCUGAGAUGGAAGCAGAUAUUAAAGCUGGAAAAUAUUUGGAACAUGGAGAAUAUGAAGGAAAUCUCUAUGGAACCAAGAUUGAUUCUAUUCUUGAAGUUGUCCAGACUGGAAGGACUUGCAUUUUGGAUGUCAAUCCACAAGCACUGAAGGUGUUGAGGACAUCAGAGUUCAUGCCCUAUGUUGUAUUUAUUGCUGCCCCAGAACUGGAGACACUGCGUGCCAUGCACAAGGCUGUGGUGGAUGCUGGAAUCACAACCAAGCUUUUGACGGACUCUGACUUGAAGAAAACAGUUGAUGAAAGUGCCCGGAUUCAGAGAGCAUACAACCACUAUUUUGAUUUGAUCAUUGUUAACGACAAUCUAGACAAAGCCUUUGAGAAACUACAAGCGGCCAUUGAGAAACUGAGAAUGGAACCACAGUGGGUCCCAAUCAGCUGGGUUUACUGAUAAUUCAAUAAGGCUAGCAAUCAAAAUGAAACUUUCAAAAGUGACUGCAACAAAUAAACCUACUGAGAAAAUGCCAGCUGAGAUAGAAGAUAUCUGCCACGUCUAGGCAUUUUUAUUGUGUAGAUUGAAAUAACAGUACACUACUCGGAAUUUUUAUAUCAAAUGUGGUUGAGAAAGUGUACUAAUAUAUAAUUUAUCUUAAUUUUUCUAACUUUUUAUGGAUAAUCUUUCUAUUCAUAUCACAUAAAGAAAUGCGUUGAAGCAUUUUGUAUAUGUUUUGAUUUAGUACCCUUGCCUUUUUCAUCAAAGGAAUUUGCAAAUCCUUCACUCUAACAUUGGUGUCACUUUUUCUCUGUGAUAAUGAAUACUUGAAAUCAUUUUGUAAAGCCGUCACUUAGUUCAGUGUUUAACUAGUGAAGGGUCAGUCACUCUUCUUAGGAGAAAACAGUGGUUGUUUUCCUUAAUUUCUUUCAAAAGCAGAAUUUUAAUGUCAGUGCUACAGCUAGUCUACUACCAUCCCCAUCUGCCAUCAUGAUUCUGCUCAAUGCUAUAUACUUCCAUUACGUCAGACAUGUGUGGCUAUCCAUUCUAAUUUAUACAGCUAUACUGGUUAUUUCCCUUCAUUUCUGUCUUUAGUGAGAAAAUGAAGAGCAAUACCUUGCACUCUCUCACAGAGUUGUUCUUUUCCUUUGUUGCAGUGACAUGCUGAUGCUAACUGCUUUAAUAUGCACACAGUCCCUUUUGAGGUUGGAAGCAAGGUCACGCACACUGAGAGAGUGCCUUAUCCUAUAAAACCUUACAGCAAAAUGACACUUGAGGACAGUUGACUUAUUUUCACAUGUAAAAAUUUAACUGGCUAAGUGAACCUCCUGUUUUACAAAGCUUUUUAUUAGGAUAUGGUCAGCAAUUGUAUCAUGCCUCUGCAAAUUUCUAUGACAUUUAAAGAUGCCUCUAAGUUUGCAAUUGGGGGUUUUUGUGAAUGAUCAGUGUGCUUUUUAAAGUGUUAUGUGAUCGUUAGGGUAUUUCUUCUGUUUGUUGUGUUGAGAGCCAAAUCCAUUGAACAAUUUCUGAAAAUUGGAAAUAAUUGCCAGCUAUUUGUUUACACACACACAUACAAUACAUAAGUAUACGUACACACAAAUAUUAGUACAUUAUAUAAUAUGCAUUAGAUAAUAUAUGUUAAAUUUUUUUUGUUUGACAUUUCUGUUAAGAAAUGCAGUUUUAUUUAAUGAUUAGGAAAAAAAUUCUCUCCCUUUAGAUUCAUUAACACAAUAUACAAAUUUUACAUUUACCUCAGUUAGUAUCUUCCUUUGGAUUCUUGGAUGGUAUAAAUUCUUCCUAAAACAUUCUCAGAAAUUUAACUCAUCAUUAAACUAAGUUAACCCUAUUUUAUAUUGCUGCUAGCUUUUCAUAUAAACAGUAUUCACACUUAAAGAGUGUGGUGCUUAAAUAUGAGUGAUCAUCUCUGUCUGGUGACAGGCAUCAGACCCCGGCUGCUGAACGUGUUUUCCCCGUCAGCCAGGCUAUCUCAGGAUGCCAGCUGGGAGGACUUUGAGGGAAGAGAAAGUUCAUGGCAAUAAGCAGUUUUCACACAUUGUUUUAAAUAUUUUUCACAAGAAAACACCCAAGUUGCUGUGUUGUUAAAAUAGACAAUCUUUAGAUUUUUUUUUAAUUCCAGAAUUUCAUAACCAGAACACAAAUUCAUAUUCUCAGUCCUAGGAUAGGAAUUUGGUGACAAAAUGGACCAUAACUUUUUAUAACUUUGGAAACUUUUAAACCACAUAUAUUUGCAGCAAAUUUGGCUUCUCAAAGCAACAUGAAUCAAAGCAUAGUAUCAAGGCAAUGUCCUAGGAUUUAGGGUUUCAACACACUAAUUUUUAAGAGAAAUUUCAUCCCCGCACUGUCAGAAAGUGUGCUGUCAGAUUCCUUCCUGCUGCUGCACAGAGCCUCUUUUAACAGCAUUAGGGUAAUUGACUAUCACAAAAUAUUCCACCCAUCGUGAUACAAUGGAGAUGAAUUUUACAUCAUAUGUGUUUUAGCCUUAUCGUGUGAUAUAAAAAUGCAUAUUAUUUAGAAAAUAGUCUGCACUUCAAAGAAUUAUUUGUAUUAUAAACAGUAUCCAUGACUGAAUAACUACUAGGUCAGUUAAUGAGUAUUAUAUUCCUCCUAAUAUAAAAUGAAAUGAUAGUUUAGUUCACGUCAGUCUAGAUGCCAGACCUGAAGAGAAUACAUUUCUAAAAGUUCAUUGUAUCUCUGUAGAGUUACUGAACUUGAAAGUCCUGUCUGGGUCUGCAGAACCAAGCAGUGCUCUGCUGGGGCAAGGAGGCCUGGAGGUCCCAGGAUUGUUCCUAGGUAACGGAAGUGUAGUUGUGAUCAAGGAAAUAUGAACUUGUCUUGUGGGAAAGGUCUAAGAUAAUUAGCUUUACUGAAGAGAAAUGGUUUAUAGUGAUAUUGAACAGUUGGUAAUAGUUAACAUAUAUGCACACGUGCAUAUGCUUUUGGGAAACAUGAUGUGCCAAUACACUAACACUCCUGAAGAUUCUUUGUGGACAGGUGAGUAUCCACAUUCAACAUUCAGGACAUGACUACUUAUAUACAACUAAAGUUUUUUUUUUUUCAUUUUCAAAUGCACAAAUACCCAUAAAAGUGAUGUUCCUGGAUAAGUCAUUUAACCAUAAUUUGUAUGGAAUAUAUAUGCUGUCCUGUAAGCCAGGCCUUUAUUAUGCAGUCUCAGUCUCCAUUUGGGUAUUCGGAUAAUAUCAAAUACAUCAGGACUUUGUUUUUAUUUUGACCAACUCUGACGAUACAAUUGCUAAACAUAUCUUUCUAAAAUACAAAUUCUGUUAGAAACCCAGUAUGACUAUAGCAAUAGUAGUCCAAACCCUAGAUUCUAGAAUCCAGUGCAUUUAUAAUACCCUAUAGAAAUAAAUUUUCUUUAAAACAGCAAAUUGGCUAUUAUGACAAAUUUAGAAAAUAGCCAAAGUUAGCAAUAAAAUAGAGUGACAUAAAUUAUGGGCAGAUACUAACUGCUUUGACCAUUAUAUCCCAAUGAAAAUAAAAGAUGAUACUUUAAAUAUUAAUCAGAAUGGUACUUCUUUUUAUGUAUAACAGUAAAUGUCAUGAUCCAGUAAUUGGGCUUGAUUUUCAAGGUGGAUAGCCAUGGAGUUAGGUAUAAUUAUUUUCAAUUGGCAGACACUGAAGAUAAAGUUUUGAAAAUUGGUUAAAAUAAUAGUCUACUUGUACUUUUAUGACUUCUGACACAAUACCCCAUUAUGCAGAAAUCACAGGCUAGAGAGCCAAUAAUUUUGUAGUGAUGAAUCUUUAUACUAAAUGUGGAAAAGGCAAUCCUGGAAUUUUAUGUAGAUAGAUAACAGGUCAUUUUUUUUUAAUGUUUGAUUCAUAUAUAUAAUAUAUACAGGUAUGUAUAUAAUAUGUAAAAUUCUCCCAAAAUACAUGCAUAAUAAAACAGAAUAUAUUCACCCAUGUUAUUCUAACUAGUGUUCUAAAAUUUUAAUUACUCAAAUUCCUAGAUAUUCUGAAACUAUUGUUUUAAAAAGCUCUGGUUCUACCUUGAGGUGGAGACUAACCUUUCUGAAAAAUAUAUGAGGAAUUAAACUCAUAAAAUUAUCAUUCAUUAUUAUAACUUAAUUUCCUUAAGGAAAAAAGGACAGAGUAUUGGGAUGAAUCCUCUUGGGAAACACUUAUUUUGAACCUUCCGAAUGAAUCUGUAAUAUGGUUUAGGUUCAGAAAUUAUGAUACCUGCCCUCCUCUUGUUCCAAGGAAUUUGGAGAAUUCUUAUAAAACAUGUAUUUGGAAUUCUUGAAAGUAUUUUAAAUAAUGGGGUAAGAUUAUUCACAAACUUUUGUGAAUCAGUUCAACUAAUAACAGCAUCAAAUCAGUUGAGGAAGGUGACAAUUCUAUGAUUUUUUAAGGUAAGGUUAUUUUUAAAUUGCAUUUUCCUACUUUUUUCAAGUUUUAUUCGUUUUCAAAUUUCCCAUUACUCAUUGUGUGACCUUCUGUGUACCUGGAGUGAUUGCUGAAGAAUGCACAGAAUCAAAAAAUGAGUCCCUAGUACACUAAAAAUUGAAGGAAUGAUGACAUCACAUUUCUAAGGUAAGAGGCUAGAAAGCGUGGUUUGCACCACCUCUGCAUUGCACUGCAAUACUUUCCUAAAAGUACUUAAGUACUUUCUUAAAAUGUUUCCUCUUGUGAUAAAAAUAGAGAUGUGUACUUCGUACCUAAGAUCCUAAUUCUGACUCCUGACCAUGUGAUCUUUGAUAAAAUUUCGAUGUCCCUGGUCACCAUGAGUUGGAAUCAACUCAAUGGCAACUAGUUUACCUAUUCCUCUACUUACUUUAUCAUUUUAUUCUGUGUCUCUGCUUAUAUUGAGGUUGCUUAUCUUUUAGUUCUUGUAAAGUGUAUCUCUUUCUGAGGUAAUGUGGUGAGUGAUGAACACCAUCAGGGACCCCACCUUCAGUUUCAGAACAGCUCCAAAGAUGUAGUUCAGCGUGGAAGAGGGUCUCUUCUGCUCUCUUAGUGCUUCUAGUCAGGAGGUCCAUUUUAGCUUUCAAUUGCUAGAUUUUUCUAGCUCCAAAUCCUUAGCAAAUCCUUGCUGCUAGACCACUCACAAAUCAAAGUAAGCAACCCAAUACUGUUUUACAUCAGAAGAGACUAAUCUGUGCUUCCUGAAGCUGCCCUACCUUAUUCUGAUGCCUGAAACUUACCACUGCAAACCUAUUGUUUAACCCACAGUGUUAAGUUUAAAAGGCAUCUGUCUUUUUAUAGGGAAAAACAUUCACAGACUUUUAGUAGACACCAAAGCCCAGUUAUUACUUUCUAAUAGCUCCUCAGUCAUUAGCUGGUAAUGCAAAAGCCAAUGAGGAAUAUGACUUACCUCCACACCCAGAAGUCUGUCAGAGGUAACAGCUUUCUUCCUGCAAACUUUUGCUGUUUUCUAAUCUCCAACCCAAACUGAAUGACUGCAUCUACAGUUAACAUUAAUGCAACUUAUAAUUUGGAAGAUUAAAUGACUCAGUGCUUGUAAAACAACUGUCUUUGUAAAACCACAGAAUAAGGAAUUUUUUGGUUUGCUUUUUUAUUUGUUUUUGCUACCACAGAGUAGAAGCCAAAAGGUCUUAUUUUAAAAGUUGGA